GAGUUUUCGCGCGACUAUCAUAAAGUAGCUGUUUGACGCGUCAUCCGUCUCUUUGCUUUUUCCACCCACUGAACACCAGCAUCUCCACGUCACCAGCGGUUCUAGAAUUCCUCGGAAUGGCAUUCAAGCCUCUGACCCAACGUGCUUCGCCAGCUUCGCCAAAGCCACAGUGUGCAUUUGGCCAAACAAGGCGGCAAAGGCGGAGACUCGUCUGCUCAGCGCGUUUUUCCCCUCACAGCGCCGAGCCGCGAAAUCGCACACCGUCAGACACAAGCGAGUCUUGGGGACAUUCCGCGCGUGCGACCUAAUCGCCGUCAAGCACAAUCACGAGAAUCCCAUG